AAGAACGAAUCCAGGUCAUCCCGCCAUCUCCGUCUGGGUCUGCCUCGCUGACGUCGGUUUUGUGUCACGGACCAUUCAGUGGUAAUUUUUGCCCAUUGGUUGUUUGGCAUACGACAGACGUGACCAGCCCAAUUCCACUUCAACGUAGCAGCUUUAUGAGUAACGUCUAAAAGUUUGGUUGUGGCACGGAUCUUAGUAUUUCUUAUUCUGUCCAUAAGUUUAAUGUUAAGAAGACUCCGUUCCAUUCCUCUUUGGCAAACCUCGAGUGCGGACCUCUGCUGACAAGUCAAAGACCAUGUCUGUGCGCCAUACGUGAGGAUCGGGAGAAUGCAAACGUCCAUGAGUCUCUUUUUGAGGGAUAGAGGAAGUUUAACCAAGAUUUUUAUUUAUAGCUUUUCUUGUUCUAGCUGAACCGUGAUAGCUACAUUGCUAUCACUUUCACUUACCCUUUCACUAUUCAUGAGAUAUAUUGUCUAGUGAUGGAUGGACUUUUUGAAGGAACUAAACGCUAAUAUACGACUGAUAAAUGUAGCAUGAUGGUGCGAUGCGCGUCGCAGUCGUCGCUGGACGAGUCGUCGCAGCGGCGCGCGGGCGGCGCGCUGGGCGACGGCGGCGCGGCGGGCGCGCGCCACGCGGCGCGGCUGCUGGCGGCGCUGGCGCGGCUGCGGCGCGGCGCCGCGCUGUGUGACGUCACGCUGGCGGCCCGCGCCGCGCCCGACGCGCCCUCCGCGCCCGCCGUGCCCGCGCACCGCGCCGUGCUGGCCGCCGCCUCGCCCUACUUCCACGCCAUGUUCACACAGUUCGACGAGCGCACGCAGCCCAGCAUCACCAUCCAGAACGUGGAGCCGCACGCACUGGAAACCAUCAUAGAAUAUGUCUAUACGCCUGAGUCACUCGACAUCACCGAGGACAACGUGCAGAGCCUGCUGUCGGCGGCGUCGCUGCUGCAGGUGAGCGGCGUGCGCGAGGCGUGCUGCGUGUUCCUGGCGGGCGCGCUGUCGCCGGACAACGCGCUCGGCAUCCGCGCCUUCGCCGAGCUGCACGCCUGCGCAGACCUCGGGCUCUGCGCCGCGCGCUUCAUCGAGAACCACUUCGUAGAGGUGCUGGACACCGAGGAGUUCCUGGCGCUGGCGCCCGACACGCUGGCGCAACUGCUCGACAGCGACCGCAUCACGGUGCCCAACGAGGAAGUGAUCCUGGACGCGGUCAUCAGGUGGAUGCAGCAUGAUGCCGAGGAACGACAGCAGCACCUGGGCAGCCUGUUGGAACACGUGCGCCUGCCGCUGCUGGCGCAGGAGUCGCUGGUGGCACGCGCGGCGGCCGAGCCGCUGGCCAGCGCCGGGCUGCGUGUCAAGGACCUGGUCAUCGAAGCACUAUCCUUCCACCUCAUGCGACCCGAGCGGCGCCUAGCUGCGGCCGCCGCGUGCGCGCGGGCCCGCCCCCGCCAGCCGCCGCGCUCGCCCAAGGUGCUGCUGGUGGUGGGCGGACAGGCUCCCAAGGCCAUCCGCGACGUGGAGGCGUACCACGCGGACGUGGCUCGCUGGCGGCCGGCGGCGGAGCUGCCGUCGCGCCGCUGCCGCGCGGGGCUGGCCGUCGUGCAGGGCAAGGUGUACGCCGUGGGGGGCUUCAACGGCACGUUGCGCGUGCGCAGUGUGGACGUGUACGACGUGGCCACGGACUCGUGGGCCGCGGGCCCGCCGCUCUGCGCGCGCCGCUCCACGCUCGGCGUCGCCGUCAUCGGACACGUCAUCUACGCCGUCGGCGGGUUCGAUGGUGCGACGGGGCUGAGCUCUGCGGAGGCGCUGGACACUCGCGAGGGCACGUGGCGGCCGGUGGCCAGCAUGUCCACUCGCCGCUCGUCCGUGGGCGUGGCCGUGCUGGACGGCAAGCUUUACGCCGUGGGCGGCUAUGACGGCGCCUCGCGCCAGUGCUUGCACACCGUGGAGAGGUACGACCCCGCGGCGGACGCGUGGGAGAGCGUGGAGGAGAUGGGCGCGCGGCGGUCGGGCUGCGGCGUGGGCGUGGUGGAGGGCGCGCUGUACGCGGUGGGCGGACACGACGGGCCCGCCGUCAGGCGCUCGGUGGAGCGCUGGGCGGGCGCGGGCGGCGGCUGGGGCGCGGCGCCGCCCAUGCAUACUGCGCGCCGGAACGCCGCCGUGGCCGCUCACCACGGCCGCCUGUACGUGGUGGGCGGCGACGACGGCGCCGCUAACCUCAACACCGUCGAGGUGUUCGACCCGGCCACGGACACGUGGACGCUGCUGCCGGCGAGCAUGGCCGUGGGCCGCUCGUACGCCGGCGUGUGCGUAGUGGAGCGCGCGGGGGGCGCGUGAUGCCGCGCGGCGGGGGCCCCGCGCACCCCGCCGCGCC